CUUCUUCCUAUUGGAUAGCAAUAGAAAAGAAAUGGGAAUCAUAAUUCUAUUGUGAUUAAGAGUGAACUUUGGAGGGCUAGAGCGAUAGGAUAACAGGUAGGGUGCUCUUCUUGCACACUGCCAACCCGGGUACAUUCCCUGGCAUCACAUGGUACCACCAGGAAUGAUCCCUGAGCAGAGAGCCAGAAAUAAGCCCUGAGCACUGCUUGGUAUCGUUCAAUCCCCCCAACUCUCCCCCAAAAAGAGCGAGCUUUUUGGAAUCUGACAGGCUUUUGUUCAAAUCGUGGCCCUACUCUAUCCCCUUACUGAGUGAUCUUGGACAACUUAUAAACUAGAUGUUCAUCUUAAUUCCAAAGACAAUGUAUCCUAAGGGGAAGCCAAAGGAUUGACAGGAAUCCAGUGAACUACAGUAGAGGGACAUUGGGUCUUCGGUGAUGGAUAUGGUAUGGUAACAUACUUAUGAAGAGGGAAAAAACUAUUUCUAAAACAGCAUUGUAGACGAAUAUUAAAUUGGAGGAAGGGAGGAAGAAAAUUUACCUAAAAAGUUAGGUUGGUUAGCCUAUCACAGGGAUAUUACCAGUAUUAAAGAAAAGUAUAUAAAGUGCUUGAUACAGCUUAUGGCACACAGGAAAAGUUUAGUAACAGGUAAUUCUUUGCUGGGAGGGUUGGUUGAUGGACACUCCAAUGAAUAUAGAAUUAAUUCCUUUAAUGUUCCCUGUCUCUGCCUUUUUGCAAUAGCGCUAAUAUCUUUCCAGAUGGAUUGGUGCCAUCCUCUCUGAUGAGGUGGAGGAAAUCUGGCAUAGGUCCAUUCUAGAUUUCCCAAAAGGUGUGACACAGAGUGUGAAUCUGCUCAUCUCGACAAAUGUGUUGGGUGAUUAGGGGGCCAAACUGACAAUAUUCAAACUCUGUAUUAAACUGGAAAGUCAUACAAGAAGGAUGUAAUUGUUUGAUAGUAGCCAUUGAGCAGUGGCCAACAAUAGCUACUGCUUCAUGGAAAAUUAGCCCUUCACCUUUGUAAUAAGAGAAGAAACUGAUCCAAGUUAUCAGGUCCAGAAAGAACACCAUAUAUUUUGCCAUAGGCUUUUAACACAAGGGUGUCACUUGUUGCAAAAUACCCAUGUGUCCCUCUUCUUUUCCCUUGUCUAAUAUAGUCCCUUAUGUAUCUUAAGUAAGUCUUCCUCCAAACAAACAAGAAAAUAACCAGCUAACACUUUAUUCAGUAUUUACUUUGUGUCAAAUGAUGGAACCAGAAGUGCUCAAGAGAAACAGAAUGCCUGCCAUUGGGAAAGCCACUGUGUAGGACAGGCAGCUAACAAAAAUAAACACUUAGACUGGGGAAUAGCUCAAACAGCCAGAGCACAUGCAUUGCAUGCAAGAGGCCAGGUUCCCGGGGCCAGAACAAUAGUACAGUGGGGAAGGCACUUCCCCUGCACAUGGCAAACCCAGGUUUGAUCCCCAUCAAGCAUAUAUGGUUCCCUGAGUCCUGCUAGGAAUGAUCCCUGAGCUCAGAGCAAGAGUAACUCUGAGCACCAUAGGCCAAGUUUCCAUCCAUCCCUGAUACAUGGUCUCCAAAGAACAGCUAGGAGUGCCCCCUAACCACUGAGCCAGGAGUAGCACCUGAGCAUCACUGCGUGUGCCACCUAAACCAGAAAUAACUAAGUGCUAAGGGGUGUGAACUGAUAAGCACAAACACAGGAGGACAAAACCAAGAAUGCUGAUGACACUUGAAUGAACAUGUGUUCUUUUCGUGUUUAGGUAACAUUCUGCAGACUUCGAACUCACCAGUGGUGCUUCAUUCUAUUUAAUGCUGUCUUAUUUCAUGCUUUGUUUUUUGGGGCUGAUUUUGUGGAAGAAUACUUUCUACAUACUUUGCCCUACGUCGAUAUGAAAACUCUUGAAAUUAAAGAUAAAGCCAGAAAGUUGAAUGUGGAACCACUAAAAAGCAAUCUUUCCAAAUAUUAUAUCCUGAAUCAGCCAGAGGUCUGUCAAGGGAAGAAUGUAUUUUUGCUUUCUCUUAUCUUCAGCCACCCAGCGAAUGGAACAAGGCGUGACCUCAUCAGGAAAACCUGGGGUAACAUGACCAGUGUGCAAGAGCACCGAGUCCUUUCACUGUUUGCCCUGGGAAUGCCUGUUUUGGUAACUACCCAGCCAGAAAUAGACAAAGAGUCUCAUAAAAACAAGGAUAUAAUUGAAGGCCUCUUCCUGGACAGUGCUGAAAAUCAAACCCUGAAGAUCAUCUCGAUGACACAGUGGGCUGUGGCUUUCUGCCCUAAUGCCCUGUUUAUUCUCAAGAUUGACGAAGAGAUGUUUGUCAAUCUUCCAAGCUUGGUAGACUAUCUUCUCAAUCUAAAAGAACACCUUGAAGAUAUCUAUGUAGGAAGAGUUAUUCAUCAAGAGAAACCCAACAGAGACCCUAAGAGCCAUGCAUUUGUUCCCUUUAGCAAGUAUCCAGGGAAGUACUACCCAGAUUACUGCAGUGGUGAAGCCUUUAUUAUGUCCCAAGAUGUGGCUCGUAUGAUGUAUAUAGUUUUCAAAGAAGUACCCGUUAUGGUGCCUGCUGAUGUGUUUGUAGGGAUUUGUGCCAAGUCCAUUGGUCUUGUACCCAUCCACAGUUCAAGGUUUUCUGGGGGAAAGCACAUCAGUUACAACAGAUGUUGCUAUAAAUUUAUUUUCACAUCCUCAGAAACUACAGAUGCUGAAAUGUCCCUGGCAUGGGAGGAAAUUAACAGUGGAAAGAAAUGUACACUGUUUGAGACUUACUACGGGCUCAUUUCCUGCAAAAUUCUGACAUACCUUGAUAACUUUAAAAGUUUUCAUAUGGGAACUAUAAAAGAUAACCCCAUGUAUUUUGGUGACUAAGGUUUUUUCUUUCCUUUGGCUUUUGGGCCACACACAGUAGCGUUUGGAGGGGGAGGGACUGCUCUUGGUAGUGUUCAGGGUACCAUGUGGCUCAAACCUGGACUUCCCCUAUGCAAAGAGUAUGCUCAGCCCUUUGAGCUAAUUUUCUGGCUCUUUUUUUCUGUAUAGGUUUUUUCAGUUACCACCUACCUUGUGAUAGAAAGCAUGCUUACUUUGUGUGUGGUUUUUUUAUUUUGCUUUUUUUUUUCUUUUUGGGUCACACCCGGUGAUACUCCAGCCCCUUUAAAUGUUUUUUUAUGGGCCUCAAUGGGCAGUGAUCAGGGGUCACUCCUGUCUGUGUGUGGGAGAAGAGGGACUGUGUGUUUCUGGGAACUAAACCAGGUCUCCUGCAUGCAAAACAUGUGUUUUGAGCUAUCUCUCUGUGUGCUGUGUGUCUGAAUCUCUACUCAUAUUUAGCAAGAUGCAAAAUAUUUAGUGAUCUGAUGUGAUACAGCAGAUUGAGAACACAAUAAAGAAAUUUAAGUUUGUGUACCAUGGUUCUUUUCAAAAUCAAACCUUCAUUCAGGAAAAAAAGAACAUUAAUAACCAAGUGUUGUUUCUCCUUAUAAUUGGUAAUUAAAAAAAUUUUUUUAUCAAAUUGCCAUGACUCAGUUAUAACAGUGAAGACUGACUUUUCAAAAUGCUCAGAAUUAAAAACACUGCAAUAAAGGAAUUUAACAAAAUGUCCAUUUUAUAUGCAUGCAAAACACAUUUUACUAAUCUGUUGGGAUUACAUUUAAACUUUUAACUGCUUAGUAUAUACUGACAUAAAUCUCAAUAGGAUGAAGACUCAGGUCUUUGGGAGGGAAGAUGAUUCAAAUGAAAGAAUGCAUGCCUUACAUGUCUAAGUCCCUGAGUUCCAUGCCUGGCACCACAUGGCUUCCCUGUUCCAUACCACCACCAGGUGGCACCACCAUGGCUUUCAUGGUUCCACCAUCACCACCAUUGCUGGACAUGGUC